AAACAUAAGAAAACCACAUCCAUCUCUCCUCUCUCUCUCUCUCUCUCUCUAUCUCUAUAUAUCUUCCGCCAUUGACAAGGAAUCUGGAAGAGGGACUUCAAAAACCCUCUCCCCUCUCUCUCUGCACCUUCUUUCAAUUUCUCCGCCUGCAAACCCUAGCACGCCACCGGAAGUCUCACCUUUCCCGGGCGGCGCCGUCGCUGCAGAAACAGAGCAGAAAGGAAGCUUUUUUUUUUUUUAUCUAUGGCGGAUAAGGAAAUGCAAUUGCAAGAUGUGCCUUGUGAGGCUGAUGGUAUCCUCAAGGGUGAACCUUCUGAGCCAGGGAAGGAUCAAAACCCAAGCGAGCUCAUUCCUGACAACGAAGAUGGUGAUGGCCAGGCUGAUGAUGAUGUCCUCAAGGGUGAACCUUCUGAGCCAGAGAAGGAUCAAAACCUUCCUCUCCAGGAUAACCAAGAUGUUGAUGCUCAGGCUAAUGGCCGUGAGAAGACUCAGGUGCGGUUUUUGAGUCCCGAUCCUAGAGAUGAUGAGAAUCCCAAAAAGCGCAAGACUUGGUUGCUCAGUGACUCUGAGGCACAGGGAGAUGAUGAUGAUUAUGAUGAUGAUGAAGCAGGGACGCCAGAAGAACAGCAGGCGUUUCUAAGGGAAUUGGACACCUUUCACAGAGAGAAUUUCCUUGACUACAAGCCUCUUAAGUUUUAUCAGAAGCCUUUGAACACUCUCAAGCUAUGGCGAGCAGUCAUUAAGCUAGGUGGCCAUGAAGUGGUCACCACAUCUAAGCUCUGGCGGCAAGUUGGAGAAUCCUUCAAUCCUCCAAAGACCUGCACAACAAUCUCCUACACAUUCCGCAAUUUCUAUGAGAAGGCACUUUUGGAGUACGAAAAGCAUUUAAGGAAAAAUGGUGACCUUAACCUUCCUGGUCCAACACUCAAUAUGUCUUCAAGCCUCGAUAAAGAGGUCAUGAGCCAUCAAGGUUCGGGAUCAGGCAGGGCACGGAGAGAUUCUGCAGCUCGUGCUAUGCAAGGUUGGCAGGCACAUCGCCUUGAAGAUUCUGGAGAGGAUAUGGGCUUAAACUCAACCCCAAAACACAAGAAACUCAAGAGCAUUGGUCUGCCGAAACCCAGAACACCAAAUUGCACGGACCUUGUUGCUUCACAAGAAGCAGAAAAACAGUCGGUUGGUGACGUUAUUGAUGAUGGACCUCUUGCUGACUGGGUGAAGAUAACUGUCAAAGAAACGAAAGAAUCCUUUGAGGUGUUUGCCUUGGUACCUGGACUUCUCCGCAAUGAGAUUCGAAUUCAGUCAGAUCCUGCAGGAAGGCUGAUUAUAACAGGCGAGCCUGAGCAGCUUGACAAUCCUUGGGGCAUUACACCAUUCAAAAAGAUUGUUGUCUUACCAGCAAGAAUCGAUCCGCUUCAUACAAAUGCGAUCAUGAGCAUGCAUGGUCGGUUGUUCAUACGAGCUCAAUAUGAGAAGUGACUGAUCUUAAGAGUUGUUGAGAUGGCUGUUUGUUCUUAGUUUCUCUUAGGAAUUCAUUGGGUAUUGGAACAAAAUGGGCUUAGGGGGGCUGGAGCAGUUUUUAACUGUAAUUUUUAGUUUGAAGACUCAAAGUUAAGAGCAGACAAUAAAAUAUUGUAUCUUUGUUGUAAGAUAUUUCUUUUGUAGAAUUUGUUAUAAGUUGGAGAAGCUGCUCCAGUUCUUAGUUUUUGUUAGCCUUUUAGGAUGCAAGCAACAAUGAUACAUGUGUUUGGUCCAAAACUGGAAUGUUAAAGCUUUUCUUAUUUAUGGGGUUUUUUUAGA